CAGCAUCCUAGAUAAGAGCUUCUACAUCCUCCGGUUUCGUUGCUACCGACUCUUACACAACUUUUCUUCUCAGCUCUACACAUUCAGCAAUGCUCAAGGCUGUUUCGCUUCUGAAGCCCUCGUCUGCAUCCCGUCCGCUCAACAAGAUCACCUCGACCUCCCGUCUGCUUACCCGCUCCAACUCGACUGCCAUGCGCCUCUCCAACGCCGAACUGAUCAAGUCCGUGGACCAAACGCCCGGCGAGCUGUUCAAGUACCAGUCGCAGCUGCCGAAGCUGCCGGUGCCGAAGCUGUCGGAGACCCUGCCAAAGUACCUGAAGACGGUGGAGCCGCUGCUGUCCAAGGAGGAGCUGGCGCACACGACCAAGACAGUCGAGGAGUUUGCAAAGUCGGCGCAGGGCCAGGAGCUGCAGCGGCGGCUCGAGGCGCGCGCGGCCGAGCCGGGACGCGUCAACUGGCUCGAGGAGUGGUGGAACGACCUGAGCUACAUGGGGUACCGCGACCCGGUGACACCGUAUGUGUCGUACUUUUACGCGUACAAGGACGACAAGCUCCGGCGCAAGGCGACGCAGCGCGCGGCAGCGAUAGUGCGUGCGGCGUGGCAGUUCCGCGCGCAGGUGGAGUCGCGGACGCUGGCGCCGGAGAUGGCGCGCGACACGCCGUUCUGCAGCCACAGCUACAACUACAUGUUCAACGCGACGCGCGUGCCGGUGCGGCCGUCGGACGUCGAGGCUGUGUUUGACCUGGCGGCUAACACGCACAUCACUGUGGUCCGCAACAACCAGUUCUUUGCGCUGCAGCUCAUCCACGACGGCCAGCUGCUGUCGGCUGCUGAGAUCGAGUCGCAGCUCGACAGGAUCGUCGAGCAGGCCGACAGCUCGGCUGCGGUGCCGGUGGGUGUGCUGACUGCGGACAACCGCGAUCUGUGGGCCGACAACUACAAGCUGCUGCUGGCUGCGUCGCCCAAGAACGCGCAGACGCUGGAGACGCUGCAGAGCUCGGCGUUCACCGUGUGCCUGGAUGACUCGCGUCCUGUGACCCGCGAGGAGUACCACCGCGUGUACUGGCACGGCAACGGCCGCAACCGCUGGUUCGACAAGUCGCUGCAGUUCAUUGUGUGCGAUAACGGCAAGGCUGGCUCGCUGGCCGAGCACUCGAGCAUGGACGGCACUCCGACGUGCCGCCUCAGCGACUACAUUCUGGACCAGACCCUCAACAACAAGGUGGAUCUGGGAAGCUCGGCGGUCCGGCCCGAUCUGCCAGCAGCCGAGCCGCUGGUCUUUGUCACGCCGCCCAAUGUGGUCCGUGCCAUCGAGGAGGCCGCUGCGCGGUUCGACAAGACCGUGGGCGACCACCAGCUGAAGGUGCUGCAGUACGAGGGCUUUGGCAAGGACGAGAUCAAGAAGCUGGGCUUCUCGCCCGACGGCUUUGCGCAGAUGAUGAUCCAGCUCGGCUACUACAAGCUGAACGGCGUCUGCCGGGCCACCUACGAGGCUGCGGCCACA